AGUUACAAAAUGACACCGCUAGCGGUAGGACUGGUGCUGCUAUGCUUUGCCGCUUGUGGGUUUUUAAAUUAUGUCUUUGGCUUUUGGAAGCGACGAAAGAUCCCGCAGCUAAUGCCCCUAUUCCCGUUUGGAAACUUUACGAAUCUCUUCCGCGGUAGGGCAUCCUUUCCGGAGGUCUGUAAAAAGCUCUACCAACGCAGUAAACAAUGGCCCCUACUCGGCGGUUACGUCCUACUACGUCCGAUGCUGUUCGUGAAUGAUCCCCAGCUGGCCAAGGAUAUUAUGGUGCAGGACUUUCAACACUUCCACGACCGGGGCUCGUACGUCGACGAAGAGAACGAUCCUCUCGGCGGACAUCUCUUCUCUCUGGCCGGUGAAAAGUGGAAACAUCUUCGCACCAAGCUGACGCCAGCCUUUACUAGCGGAAAACUUAAAGGCAUGUUCAAGACCCUGGUCGAUACGGGUGUAGUGCUGCAGAGCUUCAUCCAGAAGUAUGCAGAGUGCGGCGAAGUCGUUGAGAUCCGGGAGAUUUUGGCUCGCUACACUACAGACAUUAUUGUGUCGGUAGCUUUCGGGAUUCAGAUUGAUUCGAUCAACAAUCCCAACGAACCGUUCCGCCAGAUGGGGCGUAAGGUGUUUGAGCCAAGCCUCCGCAACAACAUGCGCAUAUUGUUGACGUAUAUGGUGCCGAAGUUGAACAGGUUGUUGAAGCUUAAAAUUGAUGACGACGUGGAGCGGUUCAUGCUGGGCGUGGUUCGCGAGACGUUGGAAUACCGGGAACAGAAUGGUAUAACACGGAAGGACAUGAUGCAACUGCUGCUGCAGUUGCGCAAUACGGGUACCGUUUCGGACGAUGAACGGUGGACUGUGGAUGCAACCAACCAGUUAAAGGAACUUUCGCUAGAAGAAGUCGCCGCGCAAGCGUAUGUAUUCUUUCUAGCCGGAUUCGAAACAUCUUCCACGACGAUGUCGUUCUGCCUAUACGAACUGGCUAAGAACGCCACAAUUCGACGUAAAGUUCAACAGGAAAUCGACUCCGUCAUGGAACGUUACGGUGGCGAGCUGACCUACGAAGGCAUAACGGAGAUGCGCUACUUGGAAUGCUGCAUCGAUGAAACCUUGCGAAAGUACCCACCAGUGCCGAUUUUGAACCGAGAAUGCACCCAAGACUACAAAUUCCCCGGUUCACAUUUGAUCAUCGAAAAGGGAACGGCCGUGGUGCUUCAGUUCGGCGGAAUGCAACACGAUCCACAGUACUACCCGCAACCGAUGCGGUUCGAGCCCGAGCGAUUUCAGGAGGCAAACGUGAGGACCAAACCGUACGCUCCGUUUGGCGAUGGACCACGCAUCUGCAUCGGGAUGAGAAUGGGUAAGAUGUUGACCAAGGUGGGACUGUCGCUGCUGCUGGCCAGGUUCGACUUUGAACUGUCGGGGACCACGGAGCCGGAGUUGUUGAUGGAUUCGAAUAGCUUCGUACCCACACCGGUGGAUGGCAUCAAUUUGACGGUUAGCUGUCGCCGGUAG